CCUUUUCCUGUCGAGGUCGUGAACGGCACGUAUGUUUACCGGGGUAUAUAGAAAUGGCGCGAUACAUCGAAGAAGUUUAUUAUGAAACUGCAAUUAAAUUGACACGCGAGGCCGCCCAGAUUCUCCGGGAUUCCAUCGACGGUCUCAAGACCUUCGACGAGAAAUUGGGUAACUGGGAUCUCGUUACAGAGUACGACCGUAAGAUAGAGAACGUUAUUAUCGGCAAACUGAAAAACGCAUUCCCGAGUCACAAAUUCAUCGCCGAGGAAUCGACCGGUGGGGAACUACCGGAAUUGACCGACAAUCCCACGUGGAUCAUCGAUCCCAUCGACGGCACCACGAACUUCAUUCACGGAUUCCCGCACACAUGUGUGGUGGUCGGUUUAGCCAUCAAGAAAGAAAUGGUCCUUGGUAUCGUGUACAAUCCCAUAUUGGAGCAGCUGUUCACGGCUAGGAAAGGUCGAGGCGCGUUUCUGAAUGGCAAGUCAAUUCGAGUGUCCAAAAUCGAAGACUUGUCGAAAGCUUUGGUCUGCAUGGAAUGCGGCUUCAUCAAGAUAGACGAUAUGCGGGAAAAGAUGGUGGAGAGAGUUCGAGCGAUCGUUAUGGCAGCUCAAGGCAUUCGCACUCUCGGUGUGGCGGCAUUAACGCUGUGUUACGUCGCGCUCGGAAUCGUGGAGGCUUACUACAUCGAAGGCCCCGGCAUUUCGACAUGGGACAUAGCCGCGGCGUCCUUGAUUAUCUCCGAAGCGGGAGGUGUAGUCGUCGAUCGCGUAACAGGCGAACCGAUCGACAUCAUGAAGCCGCGAGCGGUGGCCGCGUGCAACGAGAAGAUCGCUCGCGAUGUCGUCAGGAUUAUUCGCGACGCUGAUCUGCGGGUGAACACCAGAGCGAAGCAAUAACGUUCGAACAUUCAAAUAAAUACACACAUUUAACUUCGAGGAGUUGCGUCGUCCACGAUAGGCCGUCGGUAAACUUCAAGUCACUAUGAAUCAAGUGGAAGAUUCAGAAAGAUUCCUCUUCCUCUCAAGCAACAUCGUCACUGUUCUACGGUUACACAAUCUAUCAGAGACACGUUUAUGUUCAUUCAAUAAUGGCUCGAAGUUGAGUUUAGUGUAUUUUGUAAACCAUUAAAAAUAAAUAAGUACCGU